UUUCGCGUGUUGCAGGCAUUGCACGGCAGAAAGAGGCUGUGGUUCUCCCACGGUAGAAUCUGUGACGAGGUGUUCUCAGCAUGGACUUGGAUAUUCCCUUGCCAGAGGAUACCUUGAACGCUCUAAAAAUUCCUCCUCCACCCCCACCUUUGCCGCCAACUCCACCAAGCGACAUAUUGCCUCCCUUGCCUCCUGAACCAGCGUACAUAGCGGAUCCCUUCCCCGUUGCUCUAGGGAAUCAUGUUGUCCCCGAUCCGUAUGUGGCAGGGUUUGUUCCACAUGAUUAUGCUGGGCUUGUGGCUGCGGCUCCGAUAGUCGCCCCCCAAGCAAACGGUGACAGGUACUCUCCUAGUAAAAUUUCUUCAGAGUCAGAAUCUGAUGAAGAAUCUGCCAACAUAUAUCCACCCGGCGAAGAAGGCCCGGCAGACAUGAUCUUGGAGAAGAGAAAGAAAAGUUCCAAGAAACUUGGUAAGAAUACGCUUUUGGACAAAAACCAAGCCAAAAAACGACUUAUGGCGUUUUCCGUUGCUAAGGCCAUGGCCACUGGUCCAAGAAGUAAAGCUUUCGACGAAGAGCCGGAGUCAGCGCCGAAAAUCGCGCCACCGAAAAUGUCCCAGCCACUACUGGCCCCGAGCGCUUUACCUUCUGCGUUCUCUGAGAAAUCUGAAAAAGUAACUGUCACUUUGUCGAAGAGAGAACCUCCGAAGAGUAUGAUCGAGUCGAUAAUGGAAGAAGAAAUGCAAGAGAAGGCCAAAGUUACCUCUGCCCAGGCGCAUCUGGCGUCCACAAUGAGGAGACGUCGCAGUAGAAGCUCACAGAGGGAUAUUCGUCGCCGCAGUCGAAGCAGAGACAGGAGAAGCUCUCCCAGGCGUCAAGAUUCGCCUGAAUCGAAGCCUAAGCUGAAAGCCCUUCCUCGUUCGUGGGACGAGAUGAAAAAGCUAGGUGCAAGCUGUGAUGAUCUCGAGGAGCAAAGGUUUCGACUGGAUCGUUUGUACGCGAAUAGGACCAAGCGGGAUCGUCCCAGUCUGAACGGUGACGGAGAUACGCAACCGACAGAAGAUCAUGAUCCAGAUUCCUUUUUCCGCGGUUAUUCUGCCAGAUUGAAUGAUCUGUGCGAAGGCUUUCCGCCAACCAGUAAACUCAUCUUUCAACCUGUCUACGCCGGAGUGAACAAAAGCUUCAAACGUUCGUGUCUGAAAUCCACUUGUACGAAACCAAACCUAUUGUACGCCGAAAAUCCGCGCUUCGCACGCCCGAAUUACCAAACGGGCCAGAAUAUGUUUGAAGGGAAUUCAAUUGCGGUGAAUCGACUGAUGCGAAUGAUCAUUGAAGGCGUUGGGCUUCCAGAGAAAUUCGCACAUACUGAACCCAGUCGGAAAUUCAACUGGUAUAUUAGCAAUCCAUCAGAAAUGGUUUCCUCGCAUCCUCUUUCGUGUGAGAUGGAAUACAACGCCGCAGAACUUGGUGAUCCCGCGAUUCCGUCAGCAUAUGAUCAUGUAACAGAACUUAAACUACAAGUAGAACAUUCGAAGCAAGUUCCAGUGGUCAAAUCUCGCUGGGAUUCCGAUAAUGAGGAUUCUGGUCCACCGUCGUACCCAGUGAUAACGGAGAAGAAUGCGGACGAGCGGCGACUUCCGGAUGUUGAUGACGAUGCAGGAGCUAUUAAAAGGAAACAUAAGAAGCACGACAAGGAAAGAAGAAAAGCUCGCAAAUCGUCCGAUGACGAUACUUACGAGGAGGACGAAAAGUGGGAAGAAAAGCAUGUUUCUCCCCCUUUAGUUCCUGCUGAUGAGAAAAUCAACUACGAUGCUCAAGUUAGCGAUAUGGAAAUAGCGUCUUCGCCGGAAAACCAUCCAGAAGCUUCUCGUGAUGAUAUUCCCCGUGGCGCGGAUGCUGGGAUGGAUUUGGGUGUUGCUGGUCCCAUGCUUCCGCCGAACGCGGCCCAGCAAAUUUCCGCGGAAUAUGACGACUUCAUGGGAUUAAUCACCAAGGACCCUGAAGCUCAAGAAAAUCUGGACCAAGAAAAAAAUUUCGUGGAAAAGGAUGAUCGUAAAUCACCAAAAAAUGCUUCGCAAAGCAACCGUGGCGCAUAUGAUUCCGAGGAAGAAAAUGCUUGGGAAGUCCCGAAUGAAAAUCGGGAGAACAAUUUGAGUGCUGGUACGACUAAUGCAACAGGGAAACAGGAUCCUGAAGAGGACUUCACCGGAGAUGAAAUGAACGUGAAAGUUGCUUCGUCCAAGUCGGGCAAGAAGAAAGCGAAAUCUCGAUCCCGUUCAAAGCGAAAACGGUCCAAAUCAGACAAUUCAUCCAGUGAAGACGAAAGUGAGAGCCGUAAAUUGAAGAAGGCGAAGCGAAAGGCGGAAAAAUCUUCUUCCGACGAUUCUGAUUCCUCGGAAGGGAAGCGAAAAGUAAAGCGGUCUAAAAAGCGCCGCAAACGCGAAACAUCGGAAUCCUCGUCUUCUGAAGAAGAAUCGUCCUCUGAUGAGAAGGCUAAGAAGAAACGCAAGAAGAGGAAGAAGGCUUCAAAAUCCAAGAAGAAAUCCAAAGCUCGUCACCGAGAUUCUUCGUCAUCGUCGUCGGCUGACGACAGUGACUCCAGUGAUGAAGAUGGUGAACCUGGUGAGAAGUCAAAAAAGUCAAAGCGCAAGAAGAAGUCGUCAAAGAAAGAGGAUUCGUCGAAGAAAUCGAAGAAAGCCAAAGCCAAGAAGAGGAAGCGCAAGACCUCAAGUUCUUCUUCAGCUUCGAAUGAGAAAGAAUCUCCAGUUGAUUCGGAAGGAAAAAAUAUCUCGGCAAAGGAAGAAGAGAAUGUUGUGAUUGAAGUUCCUGAAAGAGUUGAAUUGUACUCGCCUACUCAAGCAUUCAAUUCCUCGUCAGAAGACGAAACGCCGCAGCCUGUUGGCUGGAAAGAAGUUGCUCCUCUGGAGAAACCUGUGAAACCGUCUGUCGAAGCUCCAAAAAUAGAAGUUAAGCUCAAACUGAGCCGCCGAUCAUUCACCAAUGAUCUCUUCAAAGAGAGCAUAUUUGUCUCGAGCGAGGAAAUUCCGUUGCCACCUUCGCCAGUCAAGGAAACUCCUGUCAACACUCUACCGAAAUCUCCUCCUCACGAAAGAGCGAUCGACAUCCCAUUGCCAGAAGCGGAGAGAAGCUACACGCCGCCCCCGAGGAACAAAUCGGUUUUUCCGAGUCGGGAAGAAGAAAGCUAUACUCCUCCUCCGAAGAAAAAUGUUGAUAUUCCGAAGAAAGAAAUCGAUUCGAAAAAAGACGAGAAUAUUCCGUUGCCUCGGGAGGUGGAAACUCGGCAAAAAAGGGCAUCUCCAUCUCGAAAAUCGGAGUCUGUUUCAAAGGAGGAGAAUAAGCAGCGAAGUCCGAGUCGGCGUAGACGUCCUGGAGCCAGGAGUCGAUCGAGGUCAAAGUCGCCGUAUUCAAAAGACAGAAAAAGUGCUAGUCGGUUGCUGUUAUUCAACGGUGCUCAGUCUAAGCCUAAGGAAGCUGGCAUGGGGCAUCAAGAGACCCUCGCAGAACGUCAUCGAACCGUAGUCGAAGCCCUCGUCGUCCCUCGAAGGUCACCGUCGUUCGAAAGAAAACCCCACCGAGGUCUGGUUCGCGUCGUUCCCGAAGCCGCAGUCGCAGCAGGGAUCGGUCGGGUUCCCAGCACCAGAGGACUCAUUCGCCUCGUCGUCGAUCUCGAAGCCCAGCAACGCGAUCAAUCCGUGACGACAAGCGAAGUGUCCGGGAAUCUUCGCCGAGACGGCGAAGACGAAGUGUCACUCCGAAGCGUCGUCGGACUCGUGUAUUGUAGCCUGGUUAAUGCGCAACCAAGAACUCCGAGCGAUAGUCCGAAGCAUGCUCCUAGCUCACCGCAAGCCUUCAACGUCUCCGGGCCGAAAACGCCAACAUCCACACCGCCUCCGGAAGCCAGCGAAGACAUGGCCCUGGUGGAACCGGAAGAAGCCGAACCCGAGGCGGUUUCCAUUAGCGCAAUCCCGGUCAUUGGCCAGUCCGUUGACGGCUACUUCAACGAGUUCGCGGAAUGGCCGCCGCCGUCGGCCUGGGACCAGAAAGUCGACGAUCACCCGGAAGUCGAUCCGGAAGAAGUGAAGCGAGCUGAGACGAAGCAACAGAUCCUUCAGGCUUAUCCGUCGGUUGCGGAAGAAGCGCCGCUGAGCCAACGAAUGGAAGCCGAACUGGACAUUGUGGUAGACCGGCAAACGGACGACAAUCGGUCCGUGCUCUACCUUCGAAUGGAGGCCGUGCAAAAUCCGUACAAUUGCGAAUUCCAUCGCGUGAAUUACGAUCGAUUCCUCUCUCCAUUGCCGCCUGGAGGCACGUGUUCCGCGCAUCAAACCAACUUGUGUAUGUAUGUCGCGGAAAAGACGCCGGGCGGGAAUCCGUAUAUGAAAGCGAGACGAGCGGGCAAGUUUAUGCCCAAGGAUCUGCCGCCAUCGCCGCCGUUGAUGGCGGAUGUGUUCGCGGCCUUUCCAACCACGAAAGGGGAAGUCAAACAGGUCGGAAAUCUUUUGGAAAUUGUUCCGACAGUCAAGGAAGAAAUCAAGGAAUCUGUCUCGACGAUACCAGAUGUUGUUGCCGAAGGAAACCCUUCGUUUGGCGCCCAAGUAGGGGAAUCUCAGGUUAUCGCUGUUAAGUUGCACCGCGUCGGAACACAAACGACUGAUGACGAUUUCAUCAAGGGCGAUGAUGCGAAAGAAACAUCUCAGGAGAAGGAAAAGAAAAACCCUGACAUUGCCGGCACGCCGUCGAUUGAUUCAACUGCCAACGUGAAACCGAAACGACGGAAGAAGAGGAAGAAAAAAGAAAAACGUGUUAUGCGUCCAGUGCCUUUGCCUCCACCUCCGUCGAAGGGAAUUCUUAUCUCAGCUGGGUUCUGUGAACCCAGCGAACACGCGAAACGGUUCGGUGGCGGUGCGAGGUUCGUCAAAUUCGCCGACGGAUUGAGGCCCGGAGAAGGCUCGACGCCGGAACAUGACGACGAGCGGGUUUCGUCGCCGCCGCCACUGCACAGCGCCUGUACGUACGACCGCGAUGAGUACGAAGGCAGUGGGCUCGACGACGACGACGACGGCGCCUCCACUGAUCGCGAAUGGUCGUCGAGCGACGAGGCAGUCGACAAGAAACCGUGGGAAGUCGACGCGAACAAUGAAGAUGAGUUUGCGGACGACCAGGACAACGGAAAGUGCCCUCCUCCACCUGGGAACCCGUCGUUGGAAACUAUAUCAUUGCAGCACGCUUUGCAUUUCUAUCAAGCGCACCAGGAAUGGGUCACUUUUGACCGAGCUCUCAAGACAGGCAAGUUGCCAUUCACUGAAGAGAAAUUGAACGCUCGCGGCUACGCGUACUAUCACAACUACGCCAAAUACGUUUGCAGCUGGCUGGCAACUGCGAUGAAGAUCAAGAUGAAGCAAUACGUUCUGCGAGCCACGGGCACAUGUAGCACUGGAGGGAUCGAAGGAGCUGCCAAUGGGGACCUGGUUGCCACGGGCCAUGAACCCUGGCCCGUUGAUUCGUCGUCGGUGUCCAAUUCACCGGUGGACGUUGUUGCUCCGACUCCGGCGGCGGUCGUGUCAGUGGCUUGA